AUGAAAGUUAAAAAAAUUUAUUCUAAAAUUAAGGGAAAUAGAAAAUAUAAAAGUAAAAAAAAUACUGAUUUAAAUUUUGAGUUAAAUAAUGAAGACAAUAUAAUUUUGAAUAACGAUACAAAAUGUUUUAAUAAUAAUUUUAAUGAUAUAAAAGAAUCAAAAGUUACAAAAAAAAAAUUGGGUAUAGAAAAUUUAGAAUCUGCUACUAUAUCCCAUGAUAAUUAUUAUAACGAUAGUAUAAGUAAAAUUAAAAAUUAUGAAAAUAAAAUAACAGAAGAAAAAAGUAACAAUGAAGAUAUAGAAAAUGAUUGUAAAAUAGAUAAUAUUCCUGAUGAAUUAUUAAAAAAAAGGAAAGGUUUAAUAAAUAGAAAAAUGAAUAGUUGCAUUUUUAAUGAAAAUAUGAAUUCUCAUUCCAAAAUUAAUGAAGAGAAACUCAAUGAAAGUAAAUUGUUGAAUUAUAAAAAUUUUAAUUAUAAUAAUAGUAUCAAUAAUGUAAAAAAUAUAGGAAAUGAAGAAAUACAAAAAUUAAAUGAAAAUAAAAAUAUUAAUUUGAUAGAUGAUCUUUUAAGUAAAUCAAAAAUGUACAAUGAAAAUAGCAUUGAAAGUUUAAAUAAUGAAGGAAAUAUGCCACAUAACAAUAAUUUAAGUAAUAAUAAUGAUAUUUCAAAUAAUAAUUUUUAUCAUUAUAUAUCAUUGCUUUAUAACAAGAAUAUACCUAAUCAAGGUAAUAUGAAUAAUUCUUUUAUUAAUAAUUCUGAUUAUAUAUGCAACUUUUCGAAUAUAUCUAUACAAGAAGAAUCAAAUAUAAAUGAAGUUUCAAAAAAUGAAACUCAAGAAAUUAAUUCAAUAGAUUGUCUUUUGGAUAAAAAAAAUGAUAAAAGUUAUAUAAAACAAAAAAAAAAUUCAAAAGAAAAUUAUUUUGUUUUAAAUAAUAUACCAUAUUGUAUGAAUAACAAAAAAAGAAGUAGUAAUAAUUGUUCAUUAGUUAAUUAUAUAAAAAAUUCAUCAGACCACUUUUUAGAUUCUAACAAUGAUAAUUAUAAUUAUGAAUUAGAUGUAAAUAAUAAUUACCUAAAUAAUUCUAAUGUUAAUUUAAAUAAGCAUUAUAUAAAUACAAUGAAUAGUAAUAAUUAUGAUAUGAUGAAUACUAAUUCAACGAUUAGUUUAGACACAACCUAUCUAAAUAAUUUUGAUGAUGAUAAGAAUAAUUCUAUAUGCAAUAGAAAUAAUGGAUUAUAUAAUAUGGAUAAUAAUUUUGAUAAAACAGAAAAUAUAUAUCUAGAAAAUAAUGAUUCAUUAAAUAAUACUGAUAUUUUAAAUACAUUUAAUUAUAACAAUUAUAUAAAUGUAGGUAGUAAUCAUAGUAAUAGUAGUAAUAAUUUUAAAAAUGUAAUAAAUUUAAAUGAUUCUGAUAAUUCUAUAAAUUGUUCUAACUAUAACCUAGUGGAAAAGAAAAAAAAAAAUUUUAACAAAUUUACAGAAAAAAAUAAUCAUAUUUUUAUAGAUUCAAAUAUGUGUAAUAGUACAAAUAAUAGUAGUAACAAUAGUUAUAAUAAUGUUAUACUAGAGGCAAACAGGAACACUUCAAAAUUCAAAAAGUUAGAUAGAAAUAACAUACACAAAAAAGAUAUUAUAUUAAAUGAUGGUAAUAACACAGCAGAAAAUAUUAGCAAUUUAAAUGAUAAUAUGAAAAAUAUAUAUAAUCCUUCUAAUUCUCACCUUAAUUUGAAUACACAUUCUAAAUUAUCUGAAGAUAAAUUUUCUUCUAAUAAACAGAAUGAAGAUGUAUCCUUUAAUAAUAUAAAUGGUAAUAAUAGAAGUUUCAGUUGUAUUGAAAAUAGUAAUUUCAAUAAUGAUUUAGAUAAUUAUAAUAUUGAUAAUAAAUAUAAUAUGAAUGAUACAUAUGAUGUGAAUUUAUAUAGUAGCACUUCUACUAAUAAUCUUAAUAGUAGCAAAGAUAAAUUGAAUAAAAAUAGUUCCAAUAUUCAUAAUAUAAAUUUGAAAGAUGUUAAUAUAAAUUUAGAUAAUUACUCAAAUGAUAUUGGAAAUAACUCGUUAAUUAAUCAUCCAAAGGAAUAUUUAAAUAGUUCUGUCAUGGAUAAAAUAGACAAUCAAAAAAUUCUUUUUAAUAUAAAUAAUCCUCAAAUUAAUAAUAUAUCAAAUUCUAUGGAUAUGAAUCAAGAAAAUUUUAAUUUUUCAAAAAGUGGUAUAUCAAAUAAUGCAUCACAUUUGUAUAAUUUAAAUAAUGGAGACAUAAAUGAAUCAAGAAAUAUGACAAAUUAUAAUGUUAAAAAUUUGGCAAGGGAACCUAUUUUUCUUUUUGUUAAUUUAAAUAAUCAAUCUAAUAAUUCUAUUAACACUUCUAAGAAUUAUGCUAAUGUAAAUCUAAAUGGAGGAUACAUUAAUAAUAUGAAUUUUUUUGGGAAUCCAGGAAAGCCUCCUAAUAAUGAAAAUGAAUAUGAUUUUAUGAAUCAGACUACUACUAAUAAUAAUUACAACAAUGAAUGGUUACAUAAUUUGAAAAAUUAUCCCGCAGAAGAAAAUAUAGAAUUACCGAUUAACAUAAAUAAUAAUUUUAAUAUAGGCAAUUGUUCAAUGAAUAAUAUUAAUCUUAAUAGAAAAUCUAUGAUUCCUACAUUUAAUAAUGCUUAUGAUAAUUUUCUAGCUCUUAAAAAUUAUAAUAAUGCAAUGGAAAAUCAUGUAAAUAAUUUAAAUAUGCUAGUCCUACCAAAAAUUAAAGGAGUUCGUUUUGAUAAAUCAGGAAGAAGAUGGGUAGCUAGUUGGAGUCAAAAUGGUAAUCAGAAAAGACAGUAUUUUCCUGUUAAAAAAUUUGGUCAAGCACAGGCAAAAUAUUUAGCUAUUUAUGCAAGAAUAAAAGCUGUUAAGUAUAUGCAAAGAAAGUCACAUAGAUCAGGAGAAGGUAAAAGAAAUAAUUCAAAAAAAUUACUAAUGAAAGAUAAAUUAAAAAUGGAUAAUGGUUUAGAUAAUAAUAAUUAUUUUAACAACAAAAAUGGAGAUUAUUUAGAAAAAGAUUCAUUUGAAGAAAAUAAUCCAAAUAAUUAUAAUAAUACUAAUAAGCAUGAAACUCCUUAUAAAGAUUCAUUUAAUGAAUCUAUAAAGAAGAAUUAUAGUAUAUGUAUGAAUGAACUAAAUAAUGAGAUAAAAUUUAAAAAUAUAUCUUUGAAUAAAAAUGAAAAAGUUGAAAACUUUUUAGAAGAUAAUGUUCAAAUUUAUCAUUCAGAACAAUUAAAUGCAAAAGAUAAAAAUCAGCACGAUAUAGAAAAACAAUUAUCUGUAUCUAAAGACAAUAAGAACAAUAAUAGUAUACAAAAUAUUCAUGAAGUAAAAAGUGAGUUAUUUCAUUUAAAAGAACAAGUAUCUUUAGAAUUUGAAAAAAAGGAUAAAAUUUUUGAACAAAAUGAACAAAUGGAUAUUCAAAUGGAUGAUUUAAAUAUAAAAGGAAAUAAAAUUGGAAAUAUAACUCCACAAAAACGGAAAAAUUUUGAUCAAGGAAAGUUUAAGGAGGAAAAAAAUAUAAGAAUUGUUAAAAAUGAAAUAGUAGAUAUGCAUGAUAUGGAUAUGAAACAAGUAUAUGAAAAUAAUGAUGAAGAAAAUGAAAUAAAAAAAGAAAAGAAAAUAAUAACAUUUAAGGAAGAAGAAAAUCAAAUAGAUAUGAAAAAUUUAGAUGUUAAAAAUGAAAAAGAGCAUGAACAUGAAUUUGAAAUUAAAAAAGAAGAAGAUAGCGAAGACGAACAACGGCGAGGUGAAGAAAAAGAACAUGAAUAUGAAAUAAAAAAAGAACAAGAAGAUUAUGAAGAACAAAAAAUAGAUUGUGAUGUUAAAAAAGAACAAGAAGAAUAUGAAGAUCUUGAACAAAGUCAAGAACAAGAGCAAGAACAAACUGAAGAUUGCGAAAUUAAAAGGGAACAAGAAGAUUAUGAAGAUCAAGAGAAUGAAUGUGAAAUAAAAAAAGAACAAGAAGAAUAUGAAGAACAAGAACAUAUAUGUGAAGUAAAAAAAGAACAAGAAGAAUAUGAAGAGCAUGAACAAACAUGUGAAGUAAAAAAAGAACAAGAAGAUUAUGAAGAACAAGAAAAUGAGGAAGAACAAGAAGAAAAAUACGAAAUAAAAAAGGAGAAUUAUAAACAACAAAAAGGGGGGGAAGAAACAACAGGUUUAGCAAACAUAAAUGUUAUGGGAAGAAAUGAAAAACUAAUAAUAAAUAUAGAUGAUAAAAAUGAAAUUAAUGAUUUAAAAGAAAUAUUGCAAGAAAAAAAAAACUUAGACGAAGAUUUAAUGAAUCAGAUAUUAAUAUUAGAAAAAAUUAAAAAAAAAAUGAUAAAGAUAUUAAUAGAUUCACAGGAACAAAUGAGUAUACAAUUAAUUGAAACAAACGAUGAAAUGGUUAAUAAAAAAGAUGAAAUAAAUAAACUAAAAUUAAAUGAAAAAAUUUUGUUACUUCAACAGUUAAAAGAAUAUAAUAGUGGAAGUUAUUUAAUUAAUGAAAAGGAGGAUAUUGAUUUAAUACAUAAUGAAAGAAAUAUGAAAAGUAAUAAUGAUAUACUAGAAGAUAAUAAUAAAAAUGCUGAUGAAAAAAAAAUAUGUAAAGUGGACAUUCAGAAUUUGAAGGGGUGCAAUAAUAUUAUACCAGAAGUAAAUGAAGACUAUAGAGUUACUAAAGAAAAUAUCAAUGAAGAAUUAAAAUUAAAAAAAAAAGAAUAUGUUGGAGACAAAAAUGAAAUAAUGUUACUGAUGAAAGAAAAUGAAAAAGAGAAGAUGUUUGAAGUUAAUAAACAGCAAAAUAAUUUAUAUAAAAAUUUUAAAGUAGAGAAUAUAUAUUUAAAUAAUAUAACAGAUAAGAACAGAGAUAAUGAUUUUUGUAAUUAUUCGAAUAACCAUUUAUAUUAUUCAAAGAAAAAUAGUGAUAAAACUAAUAUGGUGGAUUGUGAUAGUACAAAUUUUAAUGAUUUAGCAAAUAGUGAAGAAAACGAUUUUAAAAAUAAAUUGAAUUUAAUUAAAUUUAUGAGAUCCAACUCAGAUAUAAACUUGAAUUACAAAAAUAAAGAAUACUCAAAAAACGAAUAUAUUGGAGAAUAUAGAAAUAUGGCAGGUAUUAAAAAACAAAGAAGUAUGCAAAAUAUAGGUAAUUUUGAAAAAUAUCAUCAUUUAGAUAAUAACAUUUUAAAAAAUAUUUUAAAUAAUAAUAAUUGUGAAAAUAAAGAUAGAACCUCAAAUGACCCAUCAGAACUAAUUAAAGAAAUGUAUGAUGAAACAAAUUUUUCUAAUUUUGAUGAAAAUAUAUUGAAUUUUUCUUUUAAUUGUAAUAAUAAAUCAAAUAUGAUUAAAGAUAAUGCUAAUGUAAAAAAUAUUUUAAAUGAAUUUAAGCAAGAUAACUACAAAAAUAAUGAUGAAAAUAUAGAUAUUAACAAUAUGAAUAUUAAUAAUUCUUUUAUAACCAUGAAAGGAUUACAUAAUAAAUAUUUAGUUAAUAAUAAUAAUAAUAAUGAGGAAAUAUUAAAUUCGGAUACUUAUAUGAAUGGUAAUUUAGAUGAUGUUAGUGAGAAAAAAUUACACAGUUAUAUUAGAAAUUACUCGAAAAAUAAAGUUAAGGAAAAUAUAAAUAAUUUAAAAAUAAAAAAUAAUUAUGAUAAAAAUAAUGAAGAUAAUAAGAGUAUAAUUAGAAAUAAUAUUAAUGGAAUAAAAAAUGAUUUAAAUACGAAAUUUAAUAUAGCAAAUAAAAAAUUUGAAAAUGAUAUUUACUCCAGUAAUGAAAUCAAUGGAAACAAUGACAAUCACUUAUUAAAUUUAAAAAAAAAAAAUUCAGGAAAUUCAUUUAAUGAAUACAACAAUAAACAUAUUAGCGAACAAAAGUAUAACAAUACAUCUAAUAAUGUAAAAUAUUUCGAAAAAGAUAAUAUUAUAGGAGAAAAAGACAAUAUUGGGAUUUAUUGUAUGAAUAUGAAUAAUGAUAUUAAACAAAAUGCAUUUUUUAAUGUAGAAAUGAAAAACGAAAAGAAAAUUCCGCAGAAUAAAGAACUUAUGAUUUUUAAAACAUAUGGAAACACAAAUAAGAAUAUUGAUGAAAUUAUUCUAACCAAUAACAAUAAAAGAAAGAUAUCUAGUUUAAGUUCAUCGUGUAGUAAUAAUGAUGUUAAUAAAAGUAAAUAUAAUGAUUUUAAUAAAAGUUAUAAAAGUGUGAAAAGUUUAACAAAAAAAGAACCGAAAAAUUACAACAAAAAUAUAAAUAUUGAUAACAAUUCAGAAAAUAACAUGCCAAAUUUAAAAUUUUUGUCAAACUAUAUUAGAAGCAAUUCUAAUAACUUUAUGUUUUAUAACUUUAAUAAAAAUUAUGACAAUAAUCAUAAUAGUGUAAAUUAUGAUACUAAUAUAAAUGAUGAUAGAAAUUAUAAUAAAAAUAAUGCAAUUGGAGUUGUAAAUAGUAAUGAAAACGGAUGUUUGAAUAAUAAAAUUAAGAAAAAUAUGCAUAAUAAUAUAAAUGAUAUAAAUUGCACUACUAACAAUAUUAUUGAUGAUAAUAUUAAUGAUGUGAAUUCUGAUAAAAAUAAUAUAAAGUGUACAAUUAGUAAUAUAAAUGAUAACUUGAAUAAUAUGAGUAGCUAUGUAAAUAGCAUUGGGAAUACUAAUGUAAAAAAUUUAAAUAAAUGUAAUAAAAACAUGAAAUAUAAUAUAAAUCAUAUUAAUAACGAUGAAAGUAGUUUUAAUAAAAAUGUUGAAUAUAUUAUAGAAAAUAAUAGUCAGAAAAAUAAGUAUAUAAGUGCACCUUUUUUGUUCUCAAACGAUUACUAUAACUCUUUUAAUAUAAAAAACGGUUUUUAUGAUUCUAAUUAUAAUAAUAAAAAUAAAAAUGUUGGUAAUUGUAGUAAUGAUGAUAAUAUUGGUAAUACAAAUAGAAAUAAUUCUUCUAUCAAAUCAUCAUUAAAUAAUAUUCAUGGUAUUCCUUUUACAAGUUCAAAUUAUCAUACAAAGCAGAAUAUGAAAGAUAAAAAUGGGAAUGAAAAUAGAGAUAUUUUAAAAUCAGAUAAAUUAAAUUCAGAAAAAAAUGUAAGUAUGAUUGAUUUAACAGAUACAACAAGUAAUGUAAACUGCUAUGGUUUUAUGAAUACAAAAAAUAAUAAUGAUUAUUUAAAUAUAAAAAAUAAUAAAUUUUCAUUAUCAAAUAAACCUAAUAACAAUAAUUUAGAUAAUUAUAGUACAGAUAUUUCAAAUAAUAAUUUACAUAACCAUAUAACAAAUGAAAGUAAAACUAAAGGAAAUUAUAAUUUAUGUACUGAUUAUUUCAACAUGGAUCAUAGAAAUAAUUUAAAUUCAAAUUAUAAUUCAAACGGUGUAAAUAACCUUUAUAGUUAUAUUUAUAUGUAA